GUCGUCUUUCUCUCCCGUCUGAACGUUCUGUUUAUUUUCCACUUCUCCGAAGAAAAAAGUUUCAAUUUUUUUUUGAGAAAAAAAAAAGUUUCAAUCUUUCCAGUUUAGUUCAGACACACUCGUAAAAAGACAGCUAGAGAGAAAAAGGGUUGCUCUAUUCUCUACGAUUCCUGCUAUUUUCCGAUUUUCCGAGAAAGUUUUCAGUUUUCCAAGUGAAAGUGAAGAUACUAGAGAGUAUCGGUUAGAGGAAGAAGGUUGAGUGAGUAUCUCUCUAUCUGCUGAUCAAAUUUGGCUUUGUUGCUUCAAGAUAUAGCUCUGGUAAAGUGAAGAAUAUCUUUUCUCGAUCCUCUCUUAAACAAUGAUAGCAGUUGAGAGAUUCAAAGAUGAGUCUAAGCCUCAUAAAUGCCCUGAAGAAAUUAGGGAAGAUGUCAAGAACAAGAACAAUGCGUGUGAGUUGUUUUAUGAUACAAGAAGCGGCGAAGAAAGUGAUAAAGAGAAUGAUGGAAACAACGCUUUGAAACACCAUUCUUGUGGAGAUUCUGAUGUGGCUGGUAAGAUUCAAGAUACUGCUGCUAAUGGUGGUUUUUAUAUGGACAAGAACGUUACGGCCUGUAACUUGUCUGAGAUUGUAGUUUGUUACAAGGAGAAUAGUUAUCAUGUCGUGAAGGAUAUAUGUGUUGAUGAAGGUGUGCUGGUUCAUGAGAAGUUCUUAUUCGGUGAGAAAGCUUCUAUGAAGUCAGAGGGCAUGGUGGAAACCAAGUCCCCUGAAGACAGAAACGGCAAGGUUGAUGGUUUGGAGCUUUGUAAUGAUCCUAAUACAACAAACCAAGACGUUGAAGAGUCUUCAAGAGAAGAGUGUGCUAAUGCUGAGAGUUCUAGCAGUUGCAAUCAAGAGGAUUUGAUUGUGACAAGAGAAGCCAAGGAGGAAGUGGCUACAUCAGAGAAUGUCUUAACUUUGGGAGGUAUUCUAUCAAAGGAAGAUGGACAAAAACAUCUUAACAACAACAACAACAAUAGCCAUAGAAGUGAUGAACAAUCUCCAUCUCAACUUCAGGAGAAUGAACAAAGAAGCUUAGAAACAAAGCUUGAGGAAACAGAGAAGCCAAAAAGAGCAGAGGAGAAGCUUUCCUCUGUUUCUACUACAACCUCUCAAGAACCAAACAUGUUAGUGGGAGACUCUUUGGUAGAAGACAAACUUUCCUCUAGUGGAUGUGGAGAGACAAGUUUUUCUGUAGCAGAAGCAGUUUCAAUAUCAGGUCAUAUAUCAUAUUCAGGACCGGUUGUAGUCUCUGGACGCCUCUCUGUUCGGUCUGAUGGAAGCACAACUAGUGGAAGAUCCUUUGCUUUCCCAAUAUUGCAGUCAGAGUGGAACAGUAGUCCUGAAAGAAUGGCUAAAGCUGAGAAGAGAAGACUCAAAGGAUGGAGAGAGAUCCUUCUCUGUUGCAGAUUCUCUUGAUCAACAAUAGUUCAAAAGCUAAAACACAGAGGAAGAGGAAUGAUUUAUAGUUUUGUCAUGGUGGUAUGUAAUUGGCAUUUUGGUAGUGUUGUUUUUUGGUUUAAUAGUUUAGGACUUUUGAGUUUGGUUAGAGAUGCAAUAUGGUCUAGGUUAUGUAACCGAUGAGUUUCAUUUUUAUUCAUAUGUUCAUGCUUUGGUUUAGCUUUGAGUGAUUUGAUUACUUUAGGAGUUUCCAGCUUUCCACAUUUCACUGGUCAUUGCCUCUUUGGUCAAACUAUCUACCUUUUCUUGUUUCCAAGACCGUUGUCUCGAUUCUCGGCGAUUUUAAGACCAUUUUCUCG